CAGGGAUUCUGUCCAGAUUUGGUCCAUCAGAAAGGAUCCUGGAGCUGGCGCAGCACAAAACCUCAAAGACUGUUUGGGAGACGACUCCUUGUGAGAAGGUGAUCUGGGGCAACCAGGAUCCGAUAUGGCCGCUCUGUGCAUCAGGAUCCGCUCCAAGUGCAAGAAUUCAAUACCUGUCCAGACACAAAAGAGACUUCUCAGCAAGGGAGGACCCCCCCACAGGAAGGAGGAGGAGGCGAGUUUCUCCAGGAAGACCCCACGUCCUUCCUCCAAACCAUCCCAAUACGAGCACAUUGUCCGCCUGUCGACACCCGGGAGCAGGAGGCGCAGCGCCCAGGAAAACCGGCCUCCUCACACUCCUCACUGUGAGAGGAGUUGUCCCAUUUGGCACGUCGACCCCCGCCUGAAAACCUCUGCAGUGAUAACACCGAGACUCCUGCAGCUCUCCAUCCCAAAACUCAUCCGUCCGGACUUCCACAGCAACAGAGAGAGCGUUGCCUCCAUCGUUUCUUUUGCUUCAAAGACGGCUCAAAUCCCUCCGCGGCUGAUCAGACUGUCUCUGCCCCGACUGAAGCAGAGCAACAUCUGCCUCCAGAUCGGACCUCCAGCCGACUCAAUCUGGACCGUUUCAAAGGCGGCGAGGAAAGCCACAGCAAGUGAUCGAGUUGAAAUGUUAGCGACACCGAAACAGCUUUCCAAAAACUACGUCCCUCCUCGAGAUCCAGAGUGGAGCAGAAACACCGUCCUGUCCUCCUGAGCGUCCGUCAACAAGUCCACCAAGUCCACCAAGUCAGAGUUUAUAGAGUUUGGAUCCUCCUGAGGAGAAUUCAACGUCACCUGAAGCAGAAAACUGUUGAAAUGGUGAAUAACAGUAAUGACGAGCAUUUAACUUCUAUUCAAUGUUUUUCGAAUUAUUUUGAAAAGCUUUAUAUCAAGCCCUGAUGUCAUAAAGCACCUUUUUACUUUAUUUGAUUGUACAUUGAUACAUUUUACUCUGUGUUUUUGUAUGCACCACAUAUACACAAGAAAAUGCCUCGUAUGUGUAAACCUACUUGGUAAUUAAACCCAUUCUGAUUGGUGAAUUGUGCCCGUUAUAUUGGCUUUGCUACCUGAUGUUUUGUCUUUUUUAUCCAUAGGCGCUUUCACACCGGAGUACAUUUAGCCGUACUUUUCCCGUUUA